CGAGUGAUUGUCGGGUUAUUGCAUUCAGAUGCCUUCAAUGGAGACCUAGAAAGAUACCCUUUUGCCUUUGAAAAGUUUGGCGUCACCCAAGUACGACAGAACUUGAAUGGAGAAGAAUACCCUUACAGAACCCUGCAAUUGACAGGAGACCAAGCCUAUGAAGAUUUGCUGGGCUACGAUCGAUUUCUACAAGCCAUGGGGGCUUACAAUGAAGACAAGAUUCCCAUGCUGCUGCCUAGUGAUUGGGGACAAGGCAACAACUGCACCUUGUUCAUGUUCAACAAUGUGCCCAGUCAAAAAGCCGAUGACCCUCAGUAUCGCAACCCCCGCCAAUCGGGUAAUACGCGAUUGAUCAUUGAUUUUUCUGCCGCUGUGGGACACAACGUCACCAUCUUGGUAUGGAGCGAGUAUGAAAACAUGUACGAGAUCAAUCAUCUGGGAGGUAUAAAGUACAACAUCAACGGCUGAAGUGGCUUCAGACGUCAGAAGACACCGGUCAUGGAGUUUGUGGCGCUCAGUGAUACUGUGUUGCGGACCCUAGCCCUAGAAGAUCCCACUUUACGACGCGUGUUUCAUGGGGUGCAUCCCGCCGACCAGCUUCCCCGUUCCCCUGCCAAGGAGAUCCGUCAAGCGUACAUUGUCAACACCGAUCCAGCGGGAGAACCGGGCCAGCAUUGGUUGGGGCUAUGGACAGAAAAGAACCAAUGCGAGAUCUUUGACAGUUAUGGGCUACCCCUGUACGUGUACACCAACCCGGAGUUGCACCAAUGGUGGAGUCAAUGGAAGUACCUAACGCGCAGUGACCAGACCCUGCAAGCCCUGGAUAGUCAAACCUGUGGCCAUUAUGCGUUAUUUUUUUUGAAAGCUCGUGCGCAAGGACGGUCCUAUCAAGAAUUUUUGAGUCAAUGGAGUUGCGACAAUUUAGUGUUGAAUGAUCAUAAAGUGGCCGACCAGUUGAAACGGGUGAUUAAACAGGAAUUACAAGAUGAAGUCGAUGCCCGACCUGAAGGGGGGCAAAAGAAUGUAAGCCGCCAGGCCUUUAUCACUUGUCAUCAUUGUGAGUGUUGAAAAAUAAAAAACCCAUAAAACGAGAUGAGUCGUGAAAAGAGUGGUCAUUGUAGUUCAUCAUGAUUACGCGAGCUGAUGUGCAGCGCGUAGUGGAUGCGUUCAUUCUCGAAGAAACUUUGUAUUGGUGGGAACACCCCAUCGAACGGGUCAAUACGGUGCAAGGCAUUGACGCGUGGGAUGGGUAUCAUUGGUUAAUGGCUCGACAAUUGGCACAAGACCAAGAUUGGGUGUCCCUCAAACAGUACAUGGACAGCAUGAGCGAAACGUAUUUAAGAGAGACCAUGGAACGAUUGAUUCAGUCCGAAUCGCCACGACUCUACCGCGACUAUUGGACAGUAUGCCCAGACAACGACGACGACGACGACGGCAGCGCACCCGACGACCCCGCUUUCGCCAAAACGGACGCGGGCUCAUGAGCGUGUUACAAAAAGCCUAUAAAAUUGGCGAUAAAUUGGGACGCGACAAACGGUAUAAACGCAUGGGUGCUAAAGGGGCCACCGGUCAUUAUCGACGUCACCCUCGACCGUGGGAAUCAUGAUCCGACAACCCAGUAGUGUGAUCAUCGCAGGCCCCUCGGGCAGUGGCAAGACUGACUUGGUGGAACAAUGGUUACGGUACCUCAACGUCUUUCAAGUCAAACCCCGCAAGAUUGUGUAUGCCUAUGAUCGUUGGCAACCCCGGUUCGAGCGUAUGCAAAAAAAGGAUGGGAUUCAAUUUUAUCGCGGGUUACCGGACCCCCGUCAUUUGACGCAAUGGUUUGGUCGGACGCGCGGCGGGGUACUGGUCUUGGACGAUCUGAUGGAAGAAGGGGGACAAGACAAGCGCGUGUUGGAUUUGUUCACCAAAGAUUCGCAUCAUCGCAACAUCACGGUGUUGUAUUUGACACAAGAUUUAUUCCCGCCUGGUAAAUUUUCCAAGACCAUUAAUCGCAACGCGCAUUACAUUGUGGCCUUCAAAAACCCCCGGGAUCAAACAGGGAUACGGACCGUUUUAUUGCAAGCUUUUCCGGAUCAGUGGCGUCAAGUCUUGCGCCUAUUUAAACGCAUCACGGCCCGUCCCUUUGGCUAUUUGAUGUUGGAUGUGCAUCCUGCGUCGGAUGAUCGCUACCGUUUGUGGAGUCAUUUAACGCCCCGAGAAGGUAAAGCCCAAGUCCAU